AUUCCCGCCCCGCUGUUGGCACCUCUCGCGACCUCCUCCUUGGGCGGGCGCCUACAGCUGCCUCCGCCCCCUCCCCGCCGGCCGGCCGGCCUCCUCUGCAGGGGAGGAAGUGCGCACGGCCGCGGCGCCCCGGGCGGCAGAGACGGGACCCCCGGGCGAGCGGCGCUUUGCCGUCGGGCCGGCCGGGCAUGGCGGCGGCGGUCUCAGAAAAGUGUCCCAAUGCAUGCGAUCUGCUGGUUAUGUAUGGGAAAGAUGCCGGCGAAUGGUGCGAGUAUCUCCAGAGCCUCUUUGGUUCCUGCCGAGACCUCCAGAGCUAUCUAGUGGAGAGUGGGGCUCCUAUCCCCCCUGAGAAGGCGGACCUCUUCAAGAGAAGCCGGUGCAUCGUUGUUUUGCUCUCCUGCGAGCUGGUGCAGGCCUUCCAGGUGCCAGCCGUCCUCCGGAGCCUACAGGAGGUUCUUCAGCCGCCUCAUAAAGUUGUGAAGCUGUUCUGCGGGGUGGCAGAAUGUGAGGAUUACCAAAUGUUCUUCAAAGACUGGUCCAAGUGGAAACAGUUGACAUACGAUGAUGACCCCGAGGCCUACAUUGGAGCUGUCAUGAAGGUGAUUUCAGAGGGAGACUCUGGUUGCGGUUCAGAGGCUGAUGCAGAAGCAGAGGACGGCAGAGAUCGACAUAACUCCUGCAACAUGUCAGCAAGGAGGCAGCAGGGGACUUCUGGGGCCAAAACAGGAAACCUAGUAGCAGUGCAGCCAAGUCGCAUACGCUGUGGGGUGCAGACAACAAUGUACAUAAUUCUAAAAUGCAAGCUGGAUAACCAAGUGAAAAUGGACGUGGAAUUCACUCCUACAAAUUGUCAGUCUGUGCGAGUCCUUUCCAGGAUGGAGAAUGAGUAUACAGUCUCAGUUUGCACACCUGAUUUGUCGCCUGGCACAGUGGGAUUGCGAUUGUAUGCUGGGGAUUUAAUUGUAGCUGAAGCGGACGUGAGCUAUUACUCUGACAUGGAAGAAAUCAGCAGCUUGCUGGCUUCCGCAGCAAAUCCUGUGGAGUUCAUGUGCCAGGUGGGCCUGGAGUGCAAGUUCACAGGGGCUGGCAGGUGUGCAAACCAGCCUCUGGUUCACAACUUCCAGGAUUUUCCAAUCCAGACCCCAAAGUGUUGUCUCAAGUCUUAUAUAAUCUCUCUUUGUCUAGUAUUUUCAGGAAAAGACAGAGAGAGUAUUGGAAAUCUCUAUGUGUCUUCAGAGAACCUUGGGAAAGCAGCCAAAGCUCUGAGGGUUCAUUCCCAAUCCAGUAUCUACGAUCCCUUUGCGGGGAUGAAGACCCCAGGACAAAGGCAGCUGAUAACUCUCCAGGAGCAGGUGAAGCUGGGGGUGCUGACCGUGGACGAAGCCGUCCUGAAUUUCAAAGAGUGGCAGCUGAACCAGAAGAAGAGGGCAGACUCCUUUCGCUUCCAGCAGGAAAACUUGAAAAGACUAAGAGAAAGCGUGACCCGGCGACAACUGGAGAAGCAAAAGGCAGGCAAACAUCCAGACUUGGAAAUCACUGCUCCUCAGGGACAUUUCCAGAAGACUCCCAAGAAACCAGAAUACGGCGUAUAUGAAUUCAGCCCCCGGAAAAAUGUUUUCCCACCAAGUAAAGAGCUGAAACGAGGGGACUGGAAAACAGAAAGCUCCUCUAGCUCUGCAAGCAAUUCAAGUAACCGAUCGAGUACUCGAAGUUUGCUGAGUGUCAGCAGUGAGAUGGAUGGAGACAAUGAAGAUAACGAGACGCCAGAAGUGAAGAUACAUUUCAGCCCCGUGAUGCAUCAAGGCGACAAGCACCACUCUGUUACACCUGGAAGAACCCCAAGGAUACCUCCUCGCGUUGCUAGCAGGCCACUGAGCAACGAUAGCUUUCACCCGCCACCAGUGCCCCCAAGAGGUCGGUGAAACGCUGCACUCGGGAUAGUGAAAAGUGGAAGUUCCUGGUUUUAUUCUGAAGACUACUGUUUUAAUGGUCAUGAGUUCAGCAGUUGUUUUCUUCUCUUUAUCCCCAUCCCGCCAUCAAAAGAGUUUACUUCAGAGACAAAGUCCUGGAGAAGUUGACCGUCCUCACCACAGUAGCUUUUCAGAACUGGCAAGAAAAGACACAUGCAGAGCUUUUUCUGUGAUUCUGCACUACUUGUUUACGCUGUCUGGACAUGAAAAAGCUCACUGGAGGCGGGCAGAUCAGGGCUCUUAUGGUGAAGAAACUGCAUGGUUACGAUAACUGAGAAAAUCCCUUGAAAUCGUCUCUGGUGCUUACGGAUUCUGUGAUGGUUCUGUACCUCACACCAUCAACCCAAUGCAUGGAGCUGCCUGUCAAAUAAAACAGCAAUACAGAAACGCUGAGCAGCAGCUCCUACGUUAGGUACCGGAAGGAAUCUUCAUGGAAGUCCGCCUUGCCUGGGUACGGUACUUCUUGUCUUGUCUGAGCGUGGUACUACUAUGAUGAUCUACCAAAUUCCAGCUGUGGACCUAAAAGAUACAGAGGCUCAGCAACUUAAGAACAUCAAUAAAAUGUGCACAGAAGUCUUCCA